AUCGUAUAUCUCAGUUACCAUUUGUGCGGCUAUCAGGCCCAUUUAAAGAACAUUUCUUGCUGCUCAUUCUCGGUCACGGCACAUACGUCAACAUGUCCGAUCCACAAGUAGACGUACCGAUAGCUAUCAUCGGAGGAGGUAUAGGUGGACUGGCCCUUGCAGUUAGUCUCACACGACGAAAUGUCCCAUUCCGCAUCUACGAAGCAGUCUCAAAAUUUUCAGAGAUAGGAGCUGGGAUCGCAUGCAGUACAAAUGCUGUACGUGCGCUUGGUCUAAUAUCUCCAGAGCUCCUCAGAGGCUUCAAUGAGUGUGUAACACAGAAUGCGUUUGAGAGUUAUCGUAAUACAUGGUUCGCAUUUCGCUACGGACAAGACCCCAGAAAUAAGAGUGGAAAGAAUAUACACCGGGCCCGGCUACUCGAGGAAUUAGUAAAGCUCAUCCCUCCCGAUGUAACUGAGUUCAACAAAUGCCUCUCCUCAAUAUCAGAAGACUCCACCAAUAACACAAUCCUCCUGCACUUCUCCGACGGAACCACGAUCUGCGCACAGGCUGUGAUCGGAGCAGAUGGUAUAAAAUCAAAGACUCGCGACUUCGUCUGUCAGAAGACUGUCCAUCCGAACUACUGUUCUGAAUACGCGUAUCGUGCACUUAUUCCUCGCGACGCUGCCAUCGCCAUACUCGGCGAAGAACUCGCGACCAAUGGACAGAUAUACUGCGGUUACGGUACGUAUAUCGUCAGCUAUCCGAUUGAAAAUGGUGCACUUGUAAACAUCGUCGGUGUGAUCCAGAAGCAGGGCUCGACAUGGCCAGGAACCGGAUGGUUACAACAAAGCACUAAGGAGGCCAUGCUCAAAGACUUGGAAGGCUGGCAUCCAGGCCUGAUGGAAUUGUUUGACAAGUACUCGAAGUGUGAGCAAUGGGCGCUACAUGACAUGCUGCAUCCAUAUCCAUAUGCCCGAGGACAAGCUUGUCUUUUGGGUGACUCGGCGCAUGCCACCACGCCCCACCAGGGGGCAGGAGGAGGAAUGGCAAUGGAGGACGCUUUCAUAUUGGGUAACCUGCUGAGUGACUUUAGAGAUCCAAAGGACUAUGAGGCGGUGUUCAAGGCUUAUGAUGAGGUACGGAGACCACGUACGCAGAGUCUGAUAGUAUCAGGACACGAGGCGGGUGGGCUUAUCUCUUUCAUGGGCAAAGGAGUUGGAGAUGACAUGGACAAAUUUGAGGAUGCCGUGCGGGAAGGCUAUUUCUGGAUCUGGCAUUUUGAUCUAGAGGGCGAUCUCGAGCGUGCG